AGCAACCUCCAGAAUCCAACCACUGGACGCUGGAAUUAUAAUGAGCUUCAAGAGACACUACUGUUGUCUUCAUAUUCGCAUGUAGAAAAGGGUGAACAUGCUGAUGGACUAAAAAUGGAUGUAUUGCAAGCUAUAUACUAUGGAUCAGCACUUGAUGAUCUUACCAAUGCACUUGAAGACUUCUGUAUUCACUUUGAUGACCCAAUGCCAGUUGAAGA